GUCCCCGAUAAAUAAGUACAUACCACACCUUCUCUGCUCCAUAACCCUCCAAAGCUCGCCAUGGCUAUCAUCGAGGCCAUUCCGGGCCUCGAAGUGUCAGUGGACGUCAAUGGCGAACGCGCCCAGGAGUAUGACGAUGCCGACGGUUUGGAGGAGGACGUGAGCACGAGGAGAGCACGGUAUCGGAGGUUUGUAUACAUCGAGUCCAAGAGCGACGCUCUCUUCUCCGUCAAACUGCGCCUGCCGAAUACCAUAAGGCUGUCCACGCCUUCUAACGCCCUAGCCUACAAGAUUUACGUGGAUGGCGCAAACAAGGCUUACUACACGCACUUCCUCAACGGUGGUCUUGAUCGCCCUCAUGUGAUUGACGGCGCACAUGAUAUGGAUCCGGCCACCGGCCAGGUUCUGCUGAAGAAGUUCAAGUUCGCUCCCGUCACAACCGUCGACGAUGCCGACGCGGCACGUGUGAGGAACGAUGUCCAAGCUGCGAAGAAUCUCGGUGCUAUCCAGGUCCGAUUCUACCGGGUGAAUGCUGAAACCACUCCACAUGACAUCAGAGUUCAUGUCUCGGUUCCCGACGGCUCCAGCGAACUGGCUGAAAAGGCUCUCAAAGGCCGCGCAAUUUCACAUAAAGCCUCACACGUUAACGGCGGCUAUGUGCGACCACCAAAGGCAGUAAAUAUAACCAAACAGAUAGAUAAGGAACCUCUGGCUGUCUUCAAUUUCAAGUACCGAUCUCGUGAGGCUCUGCGGAGUGAAUUGGUCAUUCCGCGGUCCCUAAGUCCGAAUCCCGUGGAGAGAACGUCACCAGAUAGGAUUCGUGGCGCAGGAGACGUCCAGGAGACACUGGCUUCGAGGGAGCCUGCCAUUGUGAAACGGGAACAGAAACCCCGAAUUAAGAGAGAGGUAGAUGAAGUACGUGACUUCACAGCGAUUCGGUCCGAGAGACAAUGGAAAUAUGUCAAGCUUGAGAAUGGGACACGGGCCGUGGAUCUCACCGACGAUGACUAGCGCGAAUGUUUCUUUUUGCCGGGGACUAUGAAGACGAGCACCUCAGAUAUCCUUUCUCGUUGGAGACUGUUAUAUGAGGCUUGGGUGGUAUCUAAUUAAGAGGGGUAGAAAAGUGUUGAAUGGCGUACAGUAUC